CCCUGUAAUUCGUAUUUUUUAGCCCAUUUUAAGUGUUAAUCAUUUCUACACGAGUAUUUAAAAAUGUCGUAUAAACAUUGCCAAUAUAUUGAGAAAAACUCUAUUUAAACUAUAAAUUGGUUUGUGAAGUUGGCAUUUUACUAACAAGAAAAAAUCCUUAGGAAUGGGCGAGGGCCAUUGUUUAUCACCUAUAAUCAUGACUGUACACAAAUACAUGGGCUGCAUUUACAUUGCAGUGAUAUUGUCUGCACAUCUGUUUGCUGGAGUUGUAACUUCAAGUGAAAAUGAUGAUGAAUACUUAACACAAAAAGAGGUCAUAUUAGAAAAGUCGUAUCAUGGGUUGAUUCGAGAAAACGAAACACUAGUGGAAAUAACUCCAUUAAUAAAAGUGGAUGAAGAAAAAAUUUGCAACUUUCAUAUUCUUAAAAAGCCAUAUCAUGAGAUUCCAUUUGAAAUUGAACUGGUUAAUAACCUGGGGAUUUUAAAAGCUCGCCGGACGUUAAAUUGCGAGAAACGAAAGAGCUAUCAUUUCGAAAUCGUUGCGGUAUAUUGCGAUGGAACACCUUCAAAUACAGCUAAUGUUCAUAUUACUGUUAUCGACAUAAAUGAAUAUGCACCAACAUUUAUAGAACCGUCUUACGUAACAGAAGUAGACGAAGGUCGUCUUUACAAUGAGAUCUUAAGAGUGGAAGCUACUGAUAAGGACUGUACUCCACUUUUUGGCGAUGUUUGCAAAUAUGAGAUACUAAACAAUGACGAACCAUUCUCAAUAGAUAACGAGGGCUUAAUCAAAAAUACUGAACCACUUUCUCAUAAGGCAUCACAUAACCACAUACUAUCUGUUGUUGCGUACGACUGUGCGAUGAAAGAAUCUGCCGCAAUAAUGGUUAGCAUCAAAGUUCGACGAGUGUGUGAGACGAAGUUCUUAGGCAUGCCAGAACGUAUUGAUUAUACGUCCGGUAGCACUGAAAGCCUUCAACUUUUUCCCAACGCCCGAUUGGAUUUGUGUGAUAUUUCUUGUAAGAAUGAAUACCUUAGUAUUCAUGCAUCGAUAGCUCUUAAGACAAAACACAUCUCAUUUGGAUGCGAUCGGGACCUAUCAAAUUGUACUUCGAGCCAAAAAGUGAAAGACCUUUUGCCGCAUGGUGCAGAAUGGACCAAAGAAUUGAGCUACGACGAAGGCGUAGAACCUAUAUUUCACUUUGACGGGUCUACUGGAGUAGUGGUUCCUGACACUGUUAUCAAUCAUUACGAUUUCUCAUCGCGUCCUUUUAGCAUUCUCACCAUGUUUAGACAUAAUAGUCAAGGUGUGGCUAAUAAACAUGUUAAGGAACAUAUUGUCUGCAGUGCUGAUGACCACAAAAUGAAUCGCCAUCAUAUGGCAUUGUUUGUUCGCAACUGUCGUCUUAUACUUUUAUUAAGAAAAAACUUUAACGAGGGUGAUCUUAAUAUCUUUAGCCCUGCUGAAUGGCGUUGGAAAAUACCUGAGGUUUGCGAUAAUGAAUGGCAUCACUAUGUUCUUAAUGUUGAAGAUCCGUCCAAAGUUGAUUUAUUUAUCGAUGGCGUACGUUUUGAAAAUUCUAUUGAGGAUCGACAUAGCAAUCCGGAGGUAAUUGAUGAUUGGCCUUUACACGCUGCCCAUGGAGUAAAUACAUCUUUAGCUAUCGGUGCCUGUUACCAAAGUUUGGAAAAUAGAUUGAAACAUGGCUUUAGUGGAGAUAUUUCUGAGGUUAAAGUCGCUCUCAAUGGUGUAUUGACAAUUGAAGACAUUAAAUGUGGAACCACAUGUUCUGAGCACUUAUUAUCCCCCAAGCAAUCGACAAAAAAUACAAAAUCGAGCAAUGCAAGCGCUCAGAUUCAAGCAAACUCUCAAAUGAACGAAAUAUAUAUUGAAGCCAAGACUAAACACGAUAUCGAACAAUUGAUGCGUAAAAUACAGUAUAUAAAUAUUAAACAAAACCCUACAGUUGGACGCCGUAACAUAGAAGUGCGUACAGCUCUGACAUGUAGAAAUGAAAGUUCCAUUCGCUUGCCGCCAAUUGAGACUUACAUUAUGGUUAACGAACCGAUAGCUCCAAUUGGCAUCGAUAUUGAUGUCGGAUCGGCGUCGGUAAAUGAAAAUAUGAAUGCCUCUUUGGCAGACAGCAUUAAAAAAUUCAAAUCAAUCUUACAGCUCGAGACGUCUGGACAAGAUAUUCAAACAGAUUCCAUACAAAUAACAAUAUCUGGAACGUCAAACAAAUUAGUAUCAUAUCAGGAAAUUAAAUUAGGAGUACACAUAUUAGAUAAAAUAUACAUUGACUCGCUAUCUAAAAAAAGUGAAAAAAUUGAAGGCAAAAAUUAUCUCGACUCCUGCAGCGUUGUUGUAUUUCCCUCUUUAAACCCAGAUCAUGAAGACAUUCAAAUAGAUGGUGAUGACUCAUUAUCAUCCAGCAUGGAUAUAAAGACAAAUAUAAAUAAGGAUGGAGUCGAAAUGAUAGGAAAGGAUACAAGUCACAAUUAUAUGAAUGUGCUACGAUCCCUUGUCUACAGUAAUAAGAAACCUGCUUAUUAUCUAAAUCGAGUAUUUAAGCUUUCUUGUGCUCAGCUAAGCUCUCAGUACAAAAGCGCUGAGUAUACACUCACACUCACUGUACUGCAUCCUAAACAGACAUUGUUUAAGUCUACCAAUCUUCCACCUUCGUCCUCUUUAUCCAACCUAAAUGUUAUUGGCAAUACCAACACUGAAACAACUUAUCAUCUACAUACUGGUGCAAUAAGUGACAAUGACAAUCAGGCAACUGAUUCAAAGGUGUAUUCAUAUUCCCAAUUGCACACAAAUGAAGUGCAAGAACCGAAAUCACACGUUCAUUCUUUCGUACACAAAGCUGAAGGCUCACACCUUACAAUGCUUAUAAUUCUUGUAAGUGUUUUUUUAGCCGUUUUGCUUUGUGGGGUUUUGAUUGCACGUUUAAAGAAUAACCAAAAAUAUACUGAUCGCCACCAACCAUGUCCAAAAAUUGUUGAUGAUGGCUUAGUUUGGGAUGAUUCAGCUUUGACUAUAACUAUAAAUCCAAUGCAAACAGAUGCUUUGUCAGAGGAUAGUUCCGAGUCAGAAAACUCGGACUCUGAAGACGAAGAUGCUUUAAAGGACGGGUUUGCACACAUCAAUCAACUUGAAUGGGAUAACACCAAUAUAUUUCAACAAUGAAUUACGUAAUGCCAUGAAUUUUUUCUCAAAACUGGAACUAAAAUAUGUAAAUGUGCUUUUAAAAUAUAAACUACUAAACCAAGAAUUAUCCAACAGUUAAAUCAGUUCAAAUGACAGUCCGCAUAUAUGCAUGCACACAUUAUUGUAAAGACGCGAUAUGAUUUUGCGAAAAAUGUUUAUGUUGCAUUUUUAUUAUUGUAAAAACUAAGUCAGUGGACGUGCGCAAUAUAGUUUGCAGGAACACGUAAAAUUAGCGCGAACACAAGUUAUAGCUAAGGUAUAGUACAAUUAUAAACCAUAAUAACCAUAAUAAAAGCAUAUAGACAUACAAAUUUAUACAAAUAGGACCUACCCUAAUUUAUUAUUUGUCAACCUUCACUUAAGAAUGUAACAUGCACAUUGUCUAACAAACUUCAACAGCAUUCUGUCGCUAAUGCAUAGAAGGAGGUUUCUCCGUCCCCAUAUUUUAAGCUUACAAAUUAAUUAAAGGAUUUGAAAUAGCCAAAUCAUUUGAGUUAUUUAAUAAAGCAGAAGUUGUUGUUGAUUUAUUAUUUUAUAAAAUUAAAACUUAGAUUAAGAGACAUAUCGAAAUAUGUAAACAUUUAAUUUUUAAAUCGACCGUAUAAGCUCUAAAUUUGUAAACUUGAAAGUGUGCUAUUAAAAACAUUCUCUUUAUUUGUUAA